GGGAAAAGGCAAAAUGGCAGCAUACAACCAACUUGAGGACCGUGCAGGCAGUGCACGGCAGGGAGCCGCAGGCGGAGGGCAGCUACUCAGUGACACCGGUCCCGUUUCCCGGUACAGCUCCUGCCGACCCGGCGGAGCAGCUCUGCAGCCCUCGAACCACCCCCGGCUGCCGCCCCGGCCGCGCCUCUCCCUCCUCCGGCUGCGGGAGGAAGGAGCAGCCGGCAGAAGCCGCGGGUCCCCCGACCCGUCCUUCGGGAGAGGCCCGGGAUGUGCCGGGGAGGGCUCCCCGCCCCGCCCCGCUCCGCGGCCCCUUCCCGCUCUCUGCGGCCCGGGGCGGCGGGCGCGCAGCGAGCCCCGCGCUGUGUUUUGCAGGGCGGCGGCGGCGGCGGCGCUGCUGGACAGCUCCGGAGCGCGACGCGGCGCCCAUGUUCCGGAGACGGCGCAGAUGUGACGUGAUGCCCGUUGUUUUGGUGCGCCCGACCAAUCGGACGCGGCGGCUGGAUUCUACGGGAGCCGGGAUGGGCCCGUCGUGGCGGCAGCAGGACGCUCCCCUGCCGACCGUCACGCAUUGCGCAGGGUGCACCACCGCCCGGUCCUCCUGCGGCUUUAACGGCCCCGGCAUGGACCCGCCGCGCCACUUCCCGGCGGGCUUCGGCCCCGAGCAGCAGCAGCAGCAGCACCACCAGCAGCAACAGCAGCAGCAGCGCCCGCCGGCGCCGCCGCACUGCCAGCAGCACGGCCAGGACAAGCAGAGCCUCCAGCAGCAGCAGCAGCAGCAGAGCCCGUGCCUCCAGUGCAACAACUGCGCCUACUACGGGGCUGCUGCGGCAGCCGCGGGGGAUAACCUGCCCCUGCUGCUCCGCGCCUCCUCGCCGCUUUCGGGCGCCUUUCGGACGCACUCCUCGCCGCUGUCUUCCGCCGCCUCCUCCCGGCACGGCAGCCAGCUGAACGUCAGCGAGUUCACCCCGUCCAGCCAUGCUGGCGCGUCCAGACAGCCUCACCAAUAUUCCCAGUACCACCAGUGCCAUAGCCUGCAGCAGCAGCAGGCAGCCAGCCCCAGCAGCAGUGUCAGCAGCAGCAGCACUCACCAUCAUCAUCACCACCACCAUCACCACCACCAUCACCAGCAGCAGCAGCGCCGGGAGAGCAACCCCUUCACCGAAAUAGCCAUGAGCAGCUGCAGGUACAACGGCGGCGUCAUGCGGCCGCUCAGCAACCUGAGCUCGUCCCGCAGGAACCUGCACGAUCUGGACUCCGAGUCGCAGCCGCUCCAGGCGCCGCUCGCCAGCCCCGCCGCCGCCGGCUCUGCCCCCGCCGCCGGCAGCCCCGCCGCCCCGGAGAUCGUGGUCUCCAAGCCCGAACACAACAACUCCAACAACCUGGCGCUGUACAGCUCCGCCGGCCCCGGCCCCGGCCCCGGCACGGGAAGCUCCAACAACGGCGGCGGCAAGUCCAGCAAGAAGAAGAACCAGAACAUCGGCUACAAGCUGGGACACCGCCGGGCUCUCUUCGAGAAGCGUAAGCGCCUCAGCGACUACGCGCUCAUCUUCGGCAUGUUCGGCAUCGUCGUCAUGGUCAUCGAGACCGAACUCUCCUGGGGCGCCUACACCAAGGAAUCUCUGUAUUCCCUCGCUCUGAAAUGCCUUAUUAGCCUCUCCACGAUUAUCCUGCUCGGGCUCAUCAUCGUGUACCACGCAAGAGAAAUCCAGUUGUUCAUGGUGGACAAUGGAGCAGAUGACUGGAGAAUAGCCAUGACUUAUGAGCGUAUUUUCUUUAUCUGCUUGGAAAUACUGGUGUGUGCUAUACAUCCCAUACCUGGGAAUUACACAUUCACAUGGACAGCCCGGCUCGCCUUUUCUUACGCUCCAUCCACAACAACAGCUGAUGUGGAUAUUAUUUUAUCUAUACCAAUGUUCUUAAGACUUUAUCUUAUUGCCAGAGUUAUGCUUUUGCAUAGCAAACUUUUCACUGAUGCCUCAUCUAGAAGCAUUGGAGCAUUAAAUAAGAUAAACUUCAAUACCCGUUUUGUUAUGAAGACUCUAAUGACAAUAUGUCCAGGAACAGUACUGUUGGUUUUUAGUAUCUCAUUAUGGAUAAUUGCUGCAUGGACUGUCCGAGCUUGUGAAAGAUACCAUGACCAACAGGAUGUUACUAGCAAUUUCCUUGGAGCAAUGUGGUUGAUUUCAAUAACUUUUCUAUCCAUUGGAUAUGGGGAUAUGGUACCAAAUACAUACUGUGGAAAAGGGGUCUGUUUACUUACUGGAAUCAUGGGUGCUGGGUGCACUGCACUGGUGGUAGCUGUGGUGGCAAGGAAGUUAGAACUUACCAAAGCUGAAAAACAUGUGCAUAAUUUCAUGAUGGACACCCAGCUAACUAAAAGAGUGAAAAAUGCAGCGGCCAAUGUACUCAGGGAAACAUGGUUAAUUUAUAAAAACACAAAGCUGGUUAAAAAAAUAGACCACGCAAAAGUAAGGAAACAUCAACGCAAAUUCUUGCAAGCUAUUCAUCAAUUAAGAAGUGUAAAAAUGGAACAAAGGAAACUGAAUGAUCAAGCCAACACUUUGGUGGACCUGGCAAAGACUCAAAACAUCAUGUAUGACAUGAUUUCUGACUUAAAUGAAAGAAGUGAAGAUUUUGAGAAGAGAAUUGUUACUCUGGAAACUAAACUGGAAACUUUAAUUGGUAGCAUUCAAGCUCUUCCUGGACUGAUUAGCCAGACAAUCAGCCAGCAACAGAGGGAAUUCCUCGAGGCUCAGAUACAAAAUUAUGAUAAGCAUGUUGCCUACAGUGCUGAACGAUCACGAUCUUUGUCAAGAAGAAGGAGAUCAUCCUCCACAGCACCACCAACUUCAUCAGAGAGUAGCUAGAAGAGAAUAAGUUAACCGCAAAAUAAAGACUUUUUGCCAUCAUAUGGUCAAUAUUUUAGCUUUUAUUGUAAAGCCCUAUGGUUCUAGCCAGCGUUAUCUGGGUUCUGAUGUCAGAAUCCUGGAAACCUGAACACAUUUUAGGCCAAAAUGAGUGAAAACUCUUCUUUUCCUCCCCCCCACCCCCCCAGAUGCACAGUGAAUGCACCUAGUAUUGCUAUAUUAGAUUGUUCUUCCUGUAAUUUCACUUUUUUUUCAUGCACUUCAAAUAAGCUUUACUACUACAAUACAUAAUCUAAUAUGAUAAAAAUGUUAAUUUCUGCACAUAGUUACUUGAUUACCUUGACCUAACAACCAAAAAAAAGUUCACAAUCAAAAGACCUAAUUAUGAACUUUUAAGAAACUAAAUCAAAGCUUAAUAAUUGUUUCUAAGUAUGAAAGCUAACUGUCUAAACUUUGCUUGCAGUGGAGGGGGAAAAAAAACAUUAUUAAUCUAACAGUGUGCUGUAUCUGUAUAGUCAUUUUAAAAGGUCAUGAACAGCUUUGAUUUCUGAAGUGAUUAAUUAAAAAUAUAGUUUAUCCUAGAAAAUAAGUCUCAGAGAAAGCUAUGGGUUUUUUUUAAUGCGGUUAGGGCUUUUAUUUAACAUGCAUUGAUACCUACACACACACAUAGAUAAUAUAUAUAUACAUAUGUAUUUAUGUAUAUAAGAUUAUUUAUGCAAUGCCCAUAGCAAUGAUCUUUUAAACUGACUAUUCGUAAAGCUACUGGCAUGCAAAAAGCACAGGCAAAGUCCUGUUUACUUAUUCAGAGUCUCAUAACAAUGCCAGGUACGUUUAUCCAGAUCAAAAGCAUCACUUUCACCCAGAAGUCUCCUAAUAAUGCUGUUUGGGUUUUGAAAGUGUUAGGUUGCUACUUUCUCCACUCCUUUCUUUGUGUUUCUGGAGUGAAUGACUGACACACAGACUUACAGUACACAUGGUUGUGUGAUGGCAGCACAGUGUUCUGUAUAUGUUAUGUUUGGGCAAUCCCCAUGGUUCCUGCUAUGCAGUCAAGCUUAGCAAAACACUACUAGCAAUAUUUCCAAAACCUCCUGUAAAAAGCCAGCUGUAGACUGGAGUUACAACAGAAGGGUAUCUAUCGUACUUUAUUUUCAUGCAUAAAAACAAGGUCUCCUACUUUAUUAAAGAAAAAAAAAAAACAAACCAAAACAAAAAACAAGUCACAAAGCAUAGUCACCAGUAGGCACUGGUGAAAAACUUUUGACUGACAUUUCUCCUGGUUUAUGCUCCAGAAUAGCAAAACUAGGUAAGUUUAAAUGCUCAGUACAUGCAACUUGCAUGAACAAUUCCUAGUUAUAAGCAGGAAAUUAUUCGACUUUAUGAGACAUUUUUUAGUACUUGCUAUUUAUGAAAUGUGCCAGUCCAGUCUGCCUCUCCCCCAGUUUACAGCCAAGGGUGACAUCUCUAGCUAAACAAGUAGACGUGGCUGACUGUUUCUAUGUCUGCCUAGAGGUAACCAACUUGCUCAUUGAAGGAAAUGAGGAAAUGCACAUUGCUCCAUGAAACACUGUGACUUCUGGUCAGCAAGGACAGGCAGGCAAGAGUAAUGCAGAAAGUCAGGGUAGAGCCCUUCUGGGCAAGACAGAAGAGCUUUCCAGCAACCAGAAUUCCCCAAUCCAAAUACACUACAUAAUCUGAAAAAGAGCAGACACUUUAGGCCUAUUCAAAUUAAAGGAUCUUCCUUUUUUGGUGUUACGAAUGUAUAAAUGAUGAAUGUAUAAGUGACAUCCAGAGGUAUUGCAUGCUUAUUAAAAGGUCAAGAAUUUCUCCAACUUUUUAUGUCCUUGAGAAAGAUGAUGACUUCAGUAUUUUUCCCCCUAGAGCAGGACAGUUGCAUGCCUUUGGCGUGCCUUAUUUACAGACUGUGGUAUUUUGUGACUGGAAAUAACCAGCAGUAUGCAUAGUAUUUGCAGUUCUGCUUUUGUUUUUAUGGAGAUCAUUUUCAAAGGAAAAGAUGGAUAUUAUAUAGUCCUAAUACUUUUCUAGUGCGGUCCUUAACUAGAUGACAUUGUGAAUGGUCAUAAGGCCAGUAGUAAUUAAUAAUAUUGGAAUUUAAUAGUCAAGUUUUAGAAAUCUUUUUUCUCCUUUUUUGCAUUUAGUUUAGAAUACUCUUCUUGACAUUGAAUGUGAAAUACACUUUCUGUAGCUUGAAUACAUUCCUUUUUCUCCUGUCAGCUUGAACUAGCUCUUUCAUUGUUUACAUCUUUUUAAUAUAUGUAUAACACUCAUUUUUUGCACAACUGGGUUUUUAAAGAACUGUAGCUCCACUUAGAAGAAUUUUUGUCAAUCUGUCAAUUUUAAUUAAGAUCCAGCUAAAAGUAUUGAGCUGGCUAUUUCUGUUGUGAAAGAGCAGCUUUCAGUCUUUGACCUCUCUGUUUCUUUUACUCACUAGGACUCAAAAGCCUGAACCUAAUAUUAUUGCCACAGCUUUAUGCAAUGGUGAGAUUCAUCAGGAUUAUUUCCAUCAGUCGCAUUCUGUAACAACCUGCCAAAUUAUUUUGGAUUCUUUUCUUUCUUUUUAAAGCAAAAAACAAAUGAUGUCACCAUGUUAUACUCCAGUUCUACAUCUUAAUUUACCUUCAAGAUCACUACAGAUAUUUUAUCUGCAUUUUCAGCACGUGUGACUUUUUUCUUGUAAUAUCUGAUUUCAGCACUAAGGUGCUGCAUGGGGAUACACUACAUGAAAGGACUGAUAUAAACUUUUAUUCAGGAGAGCACAAAGCACUCUUGGUUUGAUUUUCUUACUCUUGACACUAAACUCCUUUUAGUCUUCCCUUGUCUGACUUUUGUAGUACCACAAAUUCCAUUACUGAAUUUUUAGUUCCAAAGCUUUAGCUGUAUCAUUGUAAACAUAUGUAAUCACCAAAAGGAAAACAUAUCAUUAUGACAGAUCGUGGAAACUGUAUAUUUAAAUGUAGACUUUUCUUGUAAAGAUUGUUUACAAAUGACAAGGAGUCUUUCUCAAAGCAUAUGGCAUAUUUACCAUAUUACAAUUGUAAAGCUUCAUGCACCUCUUGCCUUAGUUUCACCAGUAGGAAAAUUCUGCUUUCUGUUGCUAUUAAACUCCUUUUCACUACAUUCCAGACACUGAUUCCAUUUUUAAGUUUCUUGGGAGUCUUUUUGCUAGUCUGCUUUUUUAAAGACACCGAGCAAAGAUACCUUGCUCGGAAGGACUGCAAUGUAAGAUCACAAUAGACCUGUUCACUAUGCUUAGAAUUAAAUGCAUUCAUUUAAAUAGUACUUUUUACUUAAAUUUACUAUUUUUCCAGAAUCAGAAUAAUACAUUCAUAUAUUUUAUGCUUGCAAAUGCUCUGCAAUUUUUGAUUCUGUAAAUCAUUAUGUAUUUUAAGCCUGCAUAUCUUUCCAGAUAGACUUGCGCAACUCAGCUUUUCUUUACCUCCUGCUGCUCCAUAAGGAUGUAUCUUAUAUGAAAAGAGAUUUGCUAUGUAAAAGUUUGGCAUCCAGCUUAGGAGCUCUGAAUGCCUUCUGGAGGUUCAUACCUUGUGAGCUAUUUCAAAACUAUGGCUCCCCAGACUGAGUUUGGAAUCACUGUCAUCAUCAGAGCAAACAUAAGUGAUAAGUAUACUGUUUUACAAAUUGUAAGACUCUUUCCACGUCAGAUCAUAUGUAAACAUUCAAGCUGAUAUGCCACACAUUAAGAGCAUAUCUAAGCAUAAAAGAAUAAAAGGUGUUCAAUGUGUCUAAAAUUCAGAAUAAAAUCUGUAACCCUUAUCAAUACAAAAAAUUUAAAUUGUUUGUAAACUCUUUUCCCGUAACUAAGUUAUGAAAAAUUCUUACUAAGCUUUAGCCACAGAAGGUUUUCUGAUUAAUGUGUGUUCUCUCCAUCUGUAAAAGUUUGUGUUCAUAUCCAUUCUUUUUUUAAAUCAAAGUCCUUGAAGUAUUUUUGUCCUUUUAUUAGUAAUUAUUAAGGGGUGACAAAUAAUUAUAAAGGGGUUACAAGGAAUGAAACAGAGGGGAAGGUAGGAAGGAGCUAACCUUAUGUAUAUAAUUUUUAGAAUUCCACCUCUACAUCAGCAUAUCUAAAUGCUCAGGUAGAAAUGGACACAAAUUUUAGCCAGCACUCCUAGCUACCCAGGUCCAGGCCAGCCCUAGCCUGGGAAGAGCACUGCCAUAUCUGAGAAGUUCUGAGGUGGAGCUUGCAUGCACUCAAAGCCAACCAUUUAUGUGUGUGGAAAUUAAUGUCCACAGAACCUUUUAUGUGCAUAAUAAAAUUAACCUACAAGUGUCAGGGCUUUCAAAUAUGGUCCUAUAUCUGUUGGCACAAAUUCAGAGAAAAUUAAGCUAUAAUGUAUAUAUUUUUAUUCUGAACUUUUUAAGGGAUAUCUGUAAGAUUUAUCUCUCUCCAUGACUGAGAGAAUAAAGAAAAGCAGAUGCUUAGAAGCUGCUUUGCAGUCAGGUGUGCAUAGUGUUAGCUCUGACUUGCCUGAAUACCUCACUGCACAUCAGCUUUGGUCCAGAAACCACACAGUUUUAUUCAUUCCAGAAUGAACAGGUUUCUCUCACUAUAGAGGGAGUUAGCACUGAGCAAAUAAGUCCUUUCUCUCAAGAGCAGCCUGGUGUACAAGAUGAUAAUAAUAAAUAGGAGAGGAGAAUUGUGAUAAUUUAUGCAACUCUGCUCAAGACUUAGAGCUUAGCACACCAUCAAGCCCAAUGCAGACACUUGAUUCCCUGCCAAGAAUUGCUUGCAGCUGGACAGUACAGCACAUGGUUGGAGCAGGUGGCAGUGUGGUCUGGACUAGGGUAUGUAGACAUCCUAAAAUGGAGCCAGUUACCAGAAUUAGCAUCACCAUACUGCCAUAUAUUAGACUUUGUUACAGUGAUAUAGCUGAAGAUCUGUUAGAUAAAUAAAUUUCAGGCCUUUAUGUGAAGAAGAGUCCCCUGCAGAGAAUUGCAGUUUUUCUGCACACUGAAGGAUAUGCAACACCAUGUCAGUGAAAGAAAAAACAUAAGCCACAGUUUUGAACCUGUUGCGAACUAGCAAGGCAAAUAACAAAAUUAGAUGGAGAACUGAAGCUUUGUGCUGACUUCCCUUUCAUUCAGAUUCACUUAAAUCCAUUAUCUUCAAAUAUUUAGGAGAACCUAUACUGUUUUCAAUUAUACAUGAAGCGAGCUACAAGCUUUUAGUUAGAUUAAAAGGUUCUCCUUUAAGACUAUGCCUAUUCUGACCUACUGUUCCCUUUCCAACCUGAAUUUCAAAGUACCUUGACUAUAAAGAGAACAUGCAUAUUCUCCUAUGUGGAUUACAGCAAAGUAGGUCUCUGAACAAAAAAACAUCUUUAGUCCAGAUAAAUGACCAACCAUCAUAUAGCACCAGGAAUAAUAAUGGAGUUAAAAUGUUCAAUUCAGACCUUGGAAAAGGUUUAAGUGAAGCCUCAUGCCAGAUAUGAAGUUCAUGGGGAUCAAUGAAAUGUAAGAGAUUGUGCAAUUAUAUUUCCUGACAAUGAAUUAUAGGGACACAGUGUAUGUGUUUAAUACCAGCUUAUCACCUUAUAUAGAGAAGUUCUCCAAAUGUGAGUAAUAUGAAGAAGACUGAUCACCAGAAUAAAGCAGGAUUUUUUUUUAAUAAAGAACUCCAAACCCUAAUGGAAAUGUGGAGAUCUGAAAGAGAUUGUGCUAGACUAUUCUCUUAAAAUGCCCCUACCCACCAUAGCCUAGUGUAAAUUGCAAGAGCUGAGAUUUCAAGUGGUUUCAAGCAAAAAAAACAAAACAAAACAAAACAAAAAAAAAAAAAAAAAAAAAAAAAAAAACAAAAAAAAAACAAAAAAAACCAAAAAUAUAUCUCAAGAAUAGUUUAGGACUAACAAAACAUCACUGUGUUUGUGCUCAGUACUACAAAUAUGCGCAAAAUGAAAUGUGGCAGAUCAGUUUUCCUGAUGGAGGAGUUAGAAUGUUAAUCACAUGAACAUGACAUGCAUGUAUGUAGGAGAACAAGAAAUCUAUCUUAGAACCACUCUUUAAUUUAACCCACAGUUUCAAAUAGUAUGGCAGCCUAGGUAGUAUAAUAGUAACAAUUAGAGCUCCAGUUUUUGGGUUUUUUUUUUUCUAAAACUUACCACAAAUGAAUGCAUUUUGGGUAGGAGGCCUCUAAAGGGUGCAUGCCACCCCACAGAGCACACCCUCAACCUUGUGCUCUGUGCUUACUCCUUAUUCUUCCUGCAGCUGCGAGCACUGAGAGCUGUGGUUGCCUCUGUCAGCAUUCCUGGUACAAGGCUGCCCAGACUGAUCUGAAAGGAGGUGGCCCUGGGGCACUUGAGAGGCCACUGGCCCAGUGCCUGUUACUGGAGAGAGCAGAUAGCAGCGCCCAACCUGAAGGUGGCCAUGGCCCCUCAGUGGGGCAGCAGCGUGUAACCUCUGCUCUUCCUCCCACACCACUGUAUCACUGCAGUCUUCUGUUUCUUAAAUGGUCUAAUAGACUGAAAAAUGCUUUUCUUAUCACAUCUGAAACUUGGUAAGAUGUCACUCCUUAUGACAGGCUGUGCUGCCACUGUGAAGAAAGCACAGGGUUUGCUUCUCCACUGUGGACAAAGACAUGCUGUGCCACUCAGCAGGACUCUGUAUGACAAUGACCUGCUCUUAAGAUAGAAACCAACAACACCCCACCAGCUUCAGUUAUCAGGAUUCAAGGGUAAUAAACAUUAGAAAAGUGUUUUGGCUUGGCAGUGAGAUUUGGAAUCUUGGCUUCUCAGUAAUUAAAAUUAAAUCUACUUAAAAAAAAAUACACACAAAAAUCCCCACAAAACACACAAGUUCAGAAAACAGUCCCAAGGCUGAAAUGUGCUAGCAAACCACCUAGUUUCACUGGCUUUCUUUGAAACAGAGCUUUCAAACAGUAUGGCUAGUAUCGGUGGAUCAAGAACAUUACAAUUCCGGUGGUUUCAACAUGCUUGAAAGCACUUUCUGCAGAGCUCAGUACCCUUGCACUGACUUGAGGCUGCUCAGCUGGCACUGCUGCCCAGCCAGUUCCACAGACCUGACAGAAAAUAUCUCUGCCCACUGAAUUCACCUGGUCAGCCGUGCUGUAACACCUUCCACUGAGCUCAGGACAUCACCCCCAGUCAGGUCUGCAGAGAAGAAGCUUUUUCAUGAUUUCCCAAGCUACUUUGGAAAAUAAUGGAAAAACAGCUGGAGAAGUUUCUUUCCUUUCAGACUUUUUAAUUACAAUCUACACACAGAGGAAGCUGUUCAGUUAUCGAAAGCACAGUGGUAGGAAUUUAGGUCAUUUUUUUUCAGUUAUCAGGUGCAUACAAAUGAACACAAAAAUUGAACAUAAAAAACAGAUUGCUUUUCCAGAGCUUAUAUAUUCAGGGUUAUAUUUCCUUCCUUUCCACCCUGUUUUAUCCAACCUUUAAAAUGCAUUUAGUAAUUCAGCUGUACUUAUGUUCAAUUUGAAGCAAUUACUGUAAUACAGCAGCAUGAAUAUAUAUGCAUUUCCAGAAUUGCAGAUACUCUUUUCAGUUGCAGGGGAAC